AUUGAACGCAUCUUAAGUGAAUAAUUUAGUAGUUAGUAAAUAUGAUGGUUAUUCUGGACUGUAAUUAUAUAUAUAUGUAGUUUAGAAAUUAAUUAGUUGUAACAUGGCCGUUAUGAAUAUAGUAAGAAGCGUUCUUUUCCUUAGUAAAAAACCAUUCAUAAAUUUGCAUAAUUCCACUCAAUUUGAAAAGAUAUCAAGACCUUUAGGUAUUUUUGAUGUCCAAAGUAGGAACACAAGUUUCUUUAAUAAGCUUCCUGCAGAGGCGUUAUGGAAAGGAGUGACAAGUGUUAGUAAUGCUGGUAAAAAAAGAGGUAGAGGCAAAGGCACUGGAAGAAAAAUUGCUAAAGAUUUAAACAGAGGUCAAGUGAUCGGUGUGGGAAAAAUUAAUAUGGUAUGGCCUGGCCUUACAACACCUGUGAUAAGAGGAAGAGAAAUAAUUAAGCAAAUGCAAUUACCAGAAGACCCUGAAAGAGAAGCAAAGCUAUUAAAGAUGCGUAAUGAAAUGGGCCAAUUCAAAAGACUCAAAAUUUUACCCAUCGAUAGGGGUUGGUCUGGAAACAAACUUCCUGGCAGAAAGGUCGGACCUCCUGACCCGAUUGGCGAAGAUACUUUUGAAGGAUUCGAAACCAUAGUUCUAGAAUUGAAAUCUGUUUUUAAUAUGACGGGUAAUUUAGGUAGAAAACGUCAGAUUAGUUGUUUUGUUGUAACUGGUAACGGACAAGGUUUAGCUGGAUUCGGACUGGGAAAAUCUCUAGAAGGCAAAACUGCAUUAAAAACAGCUAAGAAUCGAGCCGGUCAGCGACUAAUGUACAUUGAAAGAUAUAAUAACCACACGGUUUGUCAUGACUUUGCUUCUCAGUUCGGUAGAACUAAGUUAAUAGUUAGUAAGAAACCAGAAGGUUAUGGUUUGGUCUGUCACAGAGCGAUAAAAUCUAUCUGUGAGAUGAUUGGAAUCAAGGAUCUACACGCAAAGGUCGAAGGAUCCACCAACUUGCAACAUAUUGUUAAGGCAUUUUUUGUAGGAUUAUUACAACAAAAAACUCCUGACGAUUUAGCCAAUGAAACUGGUUAUAAUGUCGUUGAAUUUAAAAAAGAAAGAGACUUCUUCCCUCAAGUAAUUGCAAAACCGUCUACAACUGUUUCAGUUCCCAAACCAAAAUUGGACUUUCAGGAGUAUGUUAUGAAAGGUAAAGUUGUUUUGAAAAAGAAGAAGUUUCCUCCAUUUUACCAAAAACUACCUGGUUGGGAAAUCCAUCUUAAGAAAACUUUGAGGUUCAGAAAUCAGGACAAUGUCCGUCUUAAUCUUCUUGCUGAGCAUGGUGCUUUGAAAAGUUUCCUUUCAGAAAAAGACGUUAAAACUGAAAAUUAAUGCCUAUAGAUUUUGUUUACUUUAAACU